ACGUAGAAAAAUGCAUGUUUAUUUGCAUGUUUUCACUUUUCAGGUUCAGUUCAUUUAUUUAACAAAGCCGUUGACAGUGGAGUAAUGUUGUAGGACAUAUACAACAGUUCACCCGUAAUUCACGAAGCCGGCGAAUUUUCGACUUUCAGCCCGUAUUAUUCUGUAUUGACGCAGUAGCGCGAUGUUUGAACAAAAGAGGAAAAGAGUAGGCUACACCUGCCAUGUAGUGUGCUCGGUAGUGUACCGGCGACCGGCAGUGUGAGAUGAGGUGACAAGAGGCGCUGUGGCAGGAUGCACCACUUGCUCUGGGGGAAGGUGGUGCUGCUGCUGGUGGGCGUGGUGGCGGUGCUGCAGGUGGUGCACCUGGUGCUGCUGAGCCGGCUCGAGUCGCGCCACCGCCGCCAGCCUGCCGCGGGCCACGCCCCGCCCCUCCCGGUCGCCGCUGGCACUCAGGUGGAGUCUCUGUUCUCUUCACUGGCGCUGUCGCUGCAGCAGCACGGCCGCGUCCUGGACGCCAGUGGGGAGUACCGCCUGGUCCCUCACCUGGCCACGACAGCACGCCGGCCAGUCGCUGCAGACACCACACUUGUCACACAGUGCUCUUACGGGCACCUCCAGCUCAUCCCGGCGCUUGUCGAACGUUGGCAGGGUGUGGUUUCGGUGGCGGUGUACGCCGAGUACCGGGAUUUGUCGGCGGCACUGUGGGCCAUCGCCAGCCUGCGUUCGUGUUACUCUGGCAUCCGGCAGAAUGUGUCGUUCCACCUCGUCUCGCCGAUGUCCUCUGCGGGAGGGAGGGGCAGGGAGGUGGCGCCGCAACCGCCACUCGUCCCACCCCCACCAAGUGGCGCCGACCCGUGCAGCACGGCCGGCAUGCAGGUAUCCGGUGCCUAUAGAGCCAAUUAUGCUGGAGGGGCCCGUUACCCGAACAACCUGCUACGCAACGUCGCUCGUCGAGGCGCCGAAACCGAGUUUGUACUCGUUGCAGACAUCGACAUGGUGCCGAGUGCAAACCUGCGAGCGGAUUUUUACGAGUUCGCACUGCGGGGCCGUCUCUUCAGCGAAUCGCGGCGUGAUGACAAAACUGUGUACGUGGUGCCCGCCUUUGAAGCUCCAGAGGCCGUCCCUCCUCCGGAGGAUAAGGCACAGCUACUGAAGCUGGCUGAGAAGGGCCUGCUGCGGCCAUUUUACAUUGAGCUCUGCCUCAAGUGCCAGGUGCACACAGAUUAUGAAGCAUGGCAGAAGGAGCCGCCAUCCAAGGGUCUGUCACCAUUGUUUGAAGUUCUGUGGAAGGACCCGUGGGAGCCAUUCUACAUUUCUCGUAACUCUGUACCCUUUUACGAUGAAAGAUUUAAGCAGUAUGGAUUUAACAGGAUCAGCCAGGUGUGCGAGUUGCAUGUUGCAGGCUACAAAUUUUCUGUCCUGAAUAAUGGAUUCCUUGUACAUAGAGGUUUGAAAACAGCCAAUUCAUUCCACACUAGCAAGGACAUUGAACAGGAACGAAAUAGGAUGCUGUUCCGGCAGUUCAAGAUAGAACUGAAAGACAAGUACCCAGAGUCAUCUCGCCGCUGUUACUGAUGUUAAUAAUUAAUUCCAGCUAUGUGGAAAGUUUUCAAAAACAGUGGUGCUGCUGAAUGAAUAUUGCUCUUUAGUACAAGCACAUAUACAAGAUGGUUGUAAUUUGAAGGCAGCUACAGAAAUUUACAUACCUUAAGAAUCAUUUAACUUUUUAAGUAUGUUAUUGCGCAAAGCUCAUUUUUUUUUUAAACUAAUUGUUACCAUAGUCAUGUAUGAAUCAGUUUUGUGUACCUGAGUUUUGAACAUCUAAAGACAUUAUACUAUUAGUUACAAAAAACUCCAUGUUAUUCGUAUAAAAGACUGUCUCUCUACGAUAUUAUAUAAGUACAAUUUUUAUAUUCACUUGACUUGAAGUAUUGUUAAGUUUUUAAGCUAUAUUAUUCCACAUAUUGACACCAAAUGCUACAAUGUAUUAUUAAUUUGUACAAUAUAACAUCCCUCUGAGCACUAGGUAAUUCUGUACCAUAAAAAUGCAUCUGAUGUUAGCUCAUCAAUUAGGGAUAGCUUUUCAAAGUGUAAUGUAGCUCUGCUGUCAAAAGGCUUAAUAUUUUUAAAUUGAUAUAGCACUACAAUCUCAGAGACAUAGCUCAUUUAUUAACUGCUUGUUGAGUAGUAAUUUGAUUCUGUUAGUUAUUUUAAAAAAUAUGACUAGUUUUUCAAAAAAAAAGCUUUAGAUUGAUGAAGGAAACAGUACGCAAAGCAAGAGAUAAUCAUAUUUAUAUGGAUAAUUUUUUUAAGUAAACUAAUAUGAAGUUUUAGCAAUAAUUCUAGUCACUUAUAAUAUCUUUCUUUCUCAGAGAAUACAUAUGCUUGUGGAGCACUUGUAGGAAGUCCCUCACGCAUUCUCUAGUAAGUUCAUACAAAAAUGCUCAAGAGACGAUAUUUGUAGCAUUGUUCCCAAUAAUCAUUUUUUGUCAAAGUCUCUGGUCUAGUUAUCAUUGGUUUCCUGUAGUUAAAAAAUUCUUCAGUUGUCUUUUUUUUUUUUUUUUUUUUUUUUUUUUUUUUUUUUUUUUUUUUUUUUUUAAAAAAAAGCUCUUGACACUUUCUUUUGUCGCAUUGUGUGAAUUAGUGUGUCAUCUUAUUACUAAGAAGCAGGUGUAUUAUCAGUAUCUCACAGUACCGUGUACGUUAUCUUGAGAACUCCUCACAAUAACAUGUCCUGUGGUCACUAACUGGUGUCAUAUAUUUAAAAAUAUGUCCAUACAAACACUGAGUAGCUGUUUUUCAUAUUGGUGGAUUCUGCAUUUUUGAAACUUCUUUUAUAUAUUGCAUGGCACCUGUUUGCUCAUGCCCAGUGUUCUUUGCCAGUGUGUGAUAAUUUCAACCUUGAAUCUUCUGAUAUCCCUACUUGGUUGCAGAUAAAGCUGUUACGGUAAUUUUGUCUUUAUUUAUUGUGCCCAGCUAAAGAGUGUGUUUGAAUUUACUUAGAAUUGUUUUUCUUCUUUUUCCCAGCCUCUUUUCAUUCAUUCACUGUAUUCAUUUUUAUAUUCUUCUGUCUGCUCAAAUGUUGUAAGGUAAGCUGCUCAGUUAAUUUGUAUUUAUGAAUUGCGAUUCUAAAUUUCAUUCUAUUGUGAAUGAUUUCUUUUUUUCAUCAGUAAGGUUAAGUUCAAAAUUUUCUACAUAUUUGACUGGCAUCUGUCAUCUCUGCGCCCUGAUCUGAUGGUAUAUCUGAUUCCCCCUCCCCUUAUAGAUCUUCUGUGAUUCAGUUUAAGUCAUAAUAUUUUCCCGAGCAUUUUCCUUUCUUGUUUUUCUAUGAGUUUUUAUUUGAGAUCUGCCAGUAGUUGUUAUUUAUACCUUCAGUUUCAUUUCAGUGUUUCCUAAUCACCUUUCCUUUAUCUAAAUUGGACAGUAGUGGUGAUAAUUAAUCCACUUAUCUGACCUCAAUUUUGAUUUAGAACAGUUCAUCAACUUCUUCCAAAAGGGUAACUUUUGAUGUUGUGUUGCUCAAGACUUGUUGGAUCAGUUCUCUAUGAAAGUCCUCUAGUACAUCAAACUGUGUUUGCCCAUACAUAAUCGUAAGCUUUUUUGAACUCGAUAUAUGUAACAACUGUGUGUUUAGUGUCUCGUAACUUCAUGUGACAUCUACACUCAUGUACCGGUAUGUAUAGUAUUCUCUCUCUGGCAAAAAAAAGGUAAAGCAUAUUAUAAAAAUGACUUUGUGCUUUGUGAAUCAAUGUUAGUGAACUCCAGGCAUGUAAAUUGUUUGUAUGGCAUCCAAAUGUAUCAGAUUGCCUUAUAGCACAACAGGACAAGAAGUGGUCAACUUUCUCAAUUAAAUUAUUGCACCUCUCUCUCUUCCUCCCAGUCAAAAUUCACAUUAGCCCACGUAUCUGUCAUUAAUUUUGACUAGAUAGCCAGGAGCAGCAACUUCUGACACUCUAUAUCUUUCAACAAGGUGAAACAGUGCAUUGAACCAGUCCUGUCCAUGGAUGAGUUAUCACAUCCAAGUGCCAAGCAGCUACUAAAUUCUAGUUUGGGGAGGUAUAUUUAACUUGUUUAUCAGACUUAUUAUGACCAGCAACCACAAGAUAUUUCCAUUUUUUAAGCUCUAUAAACUUUUCCCGUAUCUUCUUCUUCUUCUUCUGUUAUUUUCAAAUGUGUAAUUUAAUCACUACAACUUUUUCAAACUCCACGUGGAGUAACUCAAAACUUACUGACCACUCCUUCUACCUUAAGAUAAUGACAUGCACAUUGCAAAGAAUUCCUUCAUGAAGAGAGAGACACAUCAGAUCAGAUCUUUCAGUUUAUUCCGUGACUUCCUGAUCAGGCUAACCAGCCUAAGACCUUCUUUCUUCAAUGUCAAGAAUUCUGCCAUGUCUCUGUAUACUAUUUCAUACAAAACCAAAGUAAACAGUAACGCUAAUGGCUUCUGCCACCUACUAAAGACUGAAAGCCCCCUAUAUUGCCGUUUGAUCCCUUGACUAUUGACCGACUUUCUUAAUUCAUCCUUUUGUGUGAAUCCUUCCACUUGAUCCAUUGUGAUCAAGAAGCACCUUCUUCAGGGUUUUAAAUGGAUUGUCUUGUUUAAUCAAAGAGUAGUCCACUGAAGCUCACUGUCAUAUUUUAUUUUAAUAACAGCAGCUUGUGAUAAUUCUCAUAGUUGAAACUUGACUUUCUGGUAGAUGAAAUUGGUCAUUUGAAAGUUGAUCAAAUUUCAUGGCUAUGCCAUUUAUAUGUGAUACCUCACAUAGUGGUGUUAGGUGUAAAUAUGGCCAAACAGUACAUUCCCCAACAUCGCAUCAAAGAUGGCAGAUGAGAUUAUGUAGUUAUGUGCUUGGCACUGUGUCUGCUGGAUCUGAAUUGGCUUGUGAUAUUGGCUAAGAAGUGAGUGAUGUAUUUUGUGCCCCCCUUUCACUCAGUAUUACCUCCUCCUCCAAAAUACAACUCUUAAUAGUAAUACUAUGUUGCUUAGAAGGAUAAGCCAGCAAUUAAAAUGUGUCAGAAGCUGCUUACUGAUAAUAUCUUCUUCUUUUUUUAUUCUUGUUUUGCACUCCAAGCAUUAUUCCUGUGCCUGUUAUAGUGCCCCUCUCUUCCUUAAUCUUCCCAGGUUUAUUCAGCCUACCUGAUAUUAAUUUCUGAUAUUGUAGGGUAGUCUGCCACCCUGGGCAGUGUUCUACCAAUUAUGCACUACCAUUUGUGGAAAUUGCAACACCAAGAAGGAAACGCAUGAAUUCAAUUAAUUUAAUACCACAGGUUAGGUACAUGACAAGUAACAAAUGAUUACCUUUUCAAAACUGUACAUGUCCUUUGAGCCCUACUAUUCAGUAUAUCUUGUGGCCACCAUGUGCUGCAAUUAGAGCUGCUAUACACAAUAGUAUUCAAUCAAUAAGGUUCUGAAUACAUUCCUGUGGGAUUUCCCUCCACGCAGUUUGUACCCGAGCUCGCAAUUCCGUCCGUGACACCAACUACUGGAGGACCGUGAUGCACCAGGUGCUGACCAAACAUAUCCCAGACAGGCGACAUGUCUAGCGAACUUGCAGGCCAGGGAAUCAAUGGUACCCAUAGCUGUUUGAAGAAGGCCUGUACAUUCCCCACAAUAUGUGGGCGGGCAUUGUCCUGUUGAAAUGUGGCCUGUGGAGGUGCCUGAAGCAGAGGCAGUACCUCAGGCUCCACAACCUCCUUUAGGUACUAAUUGCUGUUCAAAAUGCCCGCAAUACGAACGAGGCAAGAUCGGUUGUUGUAACCUGUGGCGCUCCAAACCAUCACACCUGAGGUUUGUCCACUAUGCCGCUCCACAAAGCAGCCCUCCAGAUUGGGCUCACCACACGUACUGUCAGACACAUAAGUGGCCAUCACUGUACGACAUAUUGAAGCAGUACUCGUGCGAAAAGGUUACAUGUUGCCAAUCAGCACCCUAGUGACGGGUGUUCGCGUGCCCGUUGCAGUCAGAGGAGCUUGUAGUUUCUGGACAAUGGAAGCCGACAUAAUGGCAUGCGUGCAACCAGCCCAACCUGCUGUAGACGGCGACGAACCAUUGAUGCAGACAAGUUCACACCUGUUGCAGUGCUUCAGCGAUGAGCCGAUACUGUGGAUGACGCUGUACAGCCCGUAAUGGCCAUGUGGACAAGAUGAGGAUCAUCCCAUGCUGUGGUCAUGUUCCACGGUCCAGUUCCCGCUCGGCAGUGCAUACGACCUUCCUCUAUCCUCCGCUUCCACACACGCAUCACUUUUGUAGCAGCAUGCCUUGUGCGAGCUAGAUUGUCACAGUAUGACAACUCUGUUUCCGGCAGACUGAUCAUUCUGCCCCGUUCGAACUCGCUCACAAGCCGAUAUGGCUCCCUUUGGUGUCGACGAGGCAUCCUGGAACUCAUUGUGUUGUUUCCACCUUGUGUGACAGCUCUGCACCGAAUGCACUAGGCGCAACAACAACGCUGUCGGACCGACACGAGAGGGCUCAGCUUGGCCUAUGUGUACCCCAUCUCGCUGCAGAACGUAUCGCAUAUUGCUUGUACACCCGUUGCAAUUCCACCAAGUGUGGCGCUAUUUGAGUAAUUCCCUCUUGUUUUUGCACUUUUCACAAAUGGCCAUUCUGGUAUUGUAGGAUAGCCUGCCACCUUUGCCUUGUAUGGACAGUGCUCUAACAAUUAUAGUUUACAUUGUUGACACCUCACAACAUGACUCAAAAGUUUGAACUUGUCACUUGUUACCAUUUGCUGUAUUUACAAAACUUGUACAAGUGUGUAAGGGGACACACUCGCCCUCUGUAAAAGGCUGAUAAUAAAAUUAAGCUGCCAUUCCUUAAUACAUCACAAAAAAUUAAUGAUGUGGAGUUAAGACAAUAUAUGAGAUAGAAUAAUUAGACAGCAUAUAUCUAUGCCUUUGUAUCCAUUUAUUUGGUUCAUUUCAACCUUUUAAUGUCAUGGUUGUGUUGUUCAGUACGUCUCCUUUCCUCCCAUGUGUCUUUGCAUGUGUAAACAAAAAUGUUAAUAAAUUGUUGGCUGAAUUGAAUACCUUUCAAGCCAUAAUAAGGAAAAUACACAACUGAGUAGUAAAGGAUAAAGUGGAGGUUGUAGAGGUUGUAGGACUGUCAGAAUAAAGCCUCCUCCCCAAUUUACAUAACUAUGUCUUCUUCCAUUAUGGCUUCUGUAAGACCACACGUAGCUGCUUCAUGGAAUGCAUUUUCUUCUUCUUCUUCUUCUUGCAGAAAAUCUUAAUUUUUUUACUUCUGUUCUUAUUAUGCCUCUCUACUACAAGUUUGAUGUCAACAUAUUUCUUAUUUUUGGAAAAGAUUUUCUUGCUAUUGCCAGUUUGCAUUUUAUGUUCUCUUUUGCAUUUUAUGUUCUCUAUACUUCUUCCAUUAUCAGUUAUUUUGUGCCCAAAUAGCACAACUUGCCUACCACUUCUCAGCCCUCAGUUCCUAAUCUAAUUCCCUCUGCAUCACAUGAUUUAGUUCCACUACACUCCAAUUAAUCUUGUUUCAAUUUUGUGGACAUUCAUUUUAUAACCACUUUUCAAGACUCUAUCCAUUCCAUUCAACUGAACUUACCAAGCCCUUUGCUACCUUUACAGAAUAACAAUGUUAUCAGCAAAUGUGAAAGUUUUUUUUCUGCUCCUUGACCUCUUAAAUUCAUUUCCCGGCAUUCUUCUUCGUUUCCUUUUCGGUUUUCUGUAUGUACAUACAUGUUUCAUUGUCAAACAGGGCCACUCAUGGUUGCACAGACUGUGACCUAGUUGUGAAUAAAGACAUUGAUCCAGGAAGUACAGAAUUAUUUUCUUUAUUUCCAGUCAGUGAAUUUUUUGUGAUCACUGACUUGAAUUAAAGAAACUCACUCAUGGCUAUUGGUUGUUCAGCCUUUUUGUACUAUAUAGGAGGCAAAGCUGUUAAAACAUAAAGUUGUUGAAAUAUUUUUUUUUUUAUUUUUGCCUCAAAAUUUGGUCUUCCUCCACCACUCUACCUCCAACAAACCCCUUCCCUCCACCAAUUUUCAGCAUCCUAGUUUGGCUCUCAAUGUUGUAAUAUUAAUGUAGCUCAUCCUAUCAUUAAUUCAAACAAUGGAAAAUCCUAGAUGGGCUUUACCAUUAAUUCAAAAAAAUGUUCAAAUGUGUGUGAAAUCUUAUGGUACUUAACUGCUAAGGUCAUCAGUCUCUACGCUUACACACAACUUAACCUAAAUUAUGCUAAGGACAAAUACACACACCCAUGCCCAAGGGAGGACUCGAACCUCCGCCGGGACCAGCCGCACAAUCCAUGACUGCAGCGCCUUAGACCACUCGGCUAAUCCCGCACGGCUAACAUUAAUUCAGUUUCAUUCUAAGACUGGUAGUUUAUAUGAAGGUUAUUAUGCAUUUUUUCAUUAAUCCUUGAACACAGUGUUAUAUUUUUGUUACAAAAUUAGAGACAAUGUUUCCUGAUUUGUAACUGUAACCAAACAAACAUGAAGUGUAGUAUCUCUUUUAGAGCCUCCAAAAUACCCACUAUGCAACACCAGUUUUCACAUUUAGUAGUCAUAAGAUUUAAAUUCCCAUCUAGUCAUGCUGAUAUAGGUUUCCCAUUGUUUCUUGUAGCAACACAAGGAAAAUGAUGGGAUGCUUCUUUCUUAGAGGACACUUCUGAUUUCCAUCCCAUCUCUGUUUCUAGUAUUAACCGAUAAUCAUCCUCCUUCCAACACCAGUAUGGUCAAUGAAGCAUAAAAAGUGGGCAAAUUGUUUCUUGAACUGCUCUCUCCCACUGUGAAAAUUUUUUAUUGUACUGAGUUAGAACGCAAACGGUGCAAAAAUGACAACUGACAACUUUUUUAAGAGACAUUUGGCCCCAUGUCAUAGGUACCUGCCACUGUUGAUAGGCUCAUAAUAAAUUUGUCUCUCAUGGUGAUGACUAAAGAUUAUGCUAUCAACAGAAAUCUGUGGGCACUAUUUUGAAUGGAAAAUAUUUUUCAUUGAGAAUGUGUGGAGGCAGGAGUCGGAAUUGGGUGUGGUUUCUGAGAUGGUAAGGUAUGUAAUAUUGCCCAAAUCAGGAAUAUUAUUUUAAUGUCGUUGGAUAAAACUGUGCCUAUGGGAGAUGUGAAUAAUGAAGAUGAUCAUUAUGUAAUCUGUUGUACUUUUACUGUAGCUAGUCAAUUUUAGAAGCCUCAGUGUGCUGGUAACUUAUGUUUAUGGGAUUCUAGGAUUUUUAUGUAUUCAGUGUGUCACAAUUUCCUAUGGCAAUAAGCAGUUUUCAAUUCCAAUGAACUGCAAGUAUAUAUUAAGACAGGGUUCUGAGAUUGCAGAAUUCGAAUUUACAAUCAGUCCUAAAUAAUAAAGAUUCCGCAGUAAUAACAUCAUUUCCUUACAAUUCGAUAUUAUGAGUACUGCAAUGUGCCUAGCAAUAAACAAACUCCAAAACUGUUUGCACCUAAUUUCAGCUGUGUUCAAAACCAGGAAUUAAGCAAACUCAUUAACAUUGUACUUUGUAAAUUACAGUCUUUAGUACAACUGCUGCACACCCAAGCUUGUUUUGGCAGUGAACCGUAUGAAAAUUUACUUACACAGAUAACAACAUUUUAAUGAGUAUGUGUAAAAGUAACAUGCAGCUCAUUGCCUCUGUGGUCAUUGUCAAAUAGCUUUGAUAGCUGAUAAGGCUUACUAGACUGCAUUUGAGUGAGUCUAGACAGAAUACUGCUCUUUCAACAAUUAUUUGUUACUCUCUGUACCAACAACAGGCAAAAAAAGAUCUCACCAAAUUCUGCUUUCUCUUCUGGCUCUCUUAUGUGCAGGAAGCUGUGUGUUGCUUCAAACGCCGAGAAAGCUUUGAUGCUGUUAUUAUUAGUUCAGUGGAUGUCAGUGAACAUAAGAAAAUUGUGGAAUAACAGUUUCACAUGUCAGUAAUACUGUAAUCAGUGGGCUACCUUAUUGGCUAUUUUAAGGUAAAUAAUUUUGUAAAAUUCUGUCUUAAGAUUAAAACGGGACUUGUUCUUGCUCCACUCAGCAUUUUUAGACACACAUAUUGUAGCAGAUUGUAGUACUGGGAUUGAAACUACAAAAUAAUAGUUGUACAAAUAAUUUGUGUCUUGUUAUUUACAUAGUGAGGGUUAAUUUAAGUGAAUUGUUUAAAAUCUGUUAGCGCCCAAUGGAAAUUAUUUUUGUGCACAGUUUAUGGGCAUUGUUGGAGUACAGGCUUUUAUCAGUUUUAGGUCAGUUGUGUGUGGAAUCUUACACAGUUAAAUGUAGUUUUACAAUGACAAACAGUCACAGAUAACUCUAACCUACACGAUCUGCACUGAAAUUUACAGUGUUCCCAAAGAAUUUAUUAAGUCAAAUAUUUCUUUGUAACUCAUUUGCAAUAGUUAUACAUUUAUGUUUAGUUUCUAAUAAUGUGCAGUUUAAUGAUUUUGGAUAUUCAUUUAGGAUUUGAAAGUGUAAUGGUAAGUCUUGUUUUGUAUAUUUUAUCUCACUCUGUGAGCCUACCAUGAAAGUUUUUGUCAUUUAGCAUAAACAUUUUAUAGGGAAAAAAUACCAAAGUUUUGCAGUACCUUGUUGUAUAUCUGUAGUUUUAUGAAAAUGUGAAGGCCUGAAGACAAUGAAAUGCUAAACUUAUUAACAAGCAUUUUGAAGGCUCUGUGUAUGCUAGAAAUUAUUGUAAAGUGAAUGUGAUUUGUAGGAGAGUUGUCUCUGUAUAAUGCUCAUAUAAAUUUGAAGCAGUUGUUAUUUUUUUAACAAAACAAUAAUACAUUAUGUACUAUAGGAUUGUAUAGUGUAACGUUAAGACUGACCUAUCCAUUAUGUGUUUGUCAAAUCCAAAGAUUUUUAAGGCUACCUUUAUUAUAGUAAAUUUAGUUUUCUAUCUUUAUGAUUCUUACAUAUCACUUUCUUUUGUAUUCUAGCCAACACUACUGCUAAUUAUAAAACAUGAACUGUAGCACAGAAUGAGAUUAAUACAGUUAACUGAUACAAAAUAUUCUGAGAGAUUCAAAAUUUCCCUUUUAGUCUGAAGAAAAUUUAUUCCUGCUGAGAUACUCUGUUGCACUAACCAAAAUCCUUUGCAUUUACUCUUAGAGGAAAUGAAUUAUCCAUGUGAGUAGUUAAUACUGCUUGGUCAUACUUCUUCCACCCUCUUCCACCCAAUCAGCCCUGUAAGUUCACUGGUUUCAGCAAAGUGAGUGAAAUGUAAUUUUAUUUCUUUCAUUACAUUUUUUCCAGCUGACUUAAUUCUUGUACGAAAUGUGACAUAUUUGUGUGUAACAUCCAAUAUACAUGCACUUUUUUAAGUUAAUUGUUACAGUAAUUUAUUUUCUACUCAGCUUUUACUGUGUGUAAUUUUUACAAAUAAAAGGGUUGAUUUUUA